GUUUCCCCUUGUAUAUGCUAAAACUGGGUUCCCCUCUGCCACUGUUUUUCACUGUUCGUGAACAGUGAAAUGGCGGUAAUGCUCUUCGCUGCUGCUGAUUCUCAACGUGUUGAUCAUCGCGUAAUGCGAAGGAGGAUGCAAAAGCCGAAGCCAGCUCUCUCUCUUUCUCAAAGAUGCCUCUCUUCUUCUUCCUCUGAUCUGACCAAUCACAGUCAGAUUCUCUCUUCCAACACCCACAUCAAAUUUGGUAGGGUUUCCACGACCUCCUAAAACCUUUUGUUUUGCCAGGCAAGUCAUUAUUUUUUAAUUUUCCCCAUAAUUUUAUGCUAAUGUGGCCUGUUUCCCGUCCUGAUUCUCUCAGUCUUUGCUCCAUCUUCUCGAGCUCUCUCUCGCAGCUCAUCCAUUUUAUGCUAAUUGAAGAGCUCCUUCAUCUUCCCCAAUACUGGCGUUUUCGAAAAUUUCACUGUAUUUCGCAGAUUGGAGCCUUCUGUAAUGACCGGAGCUGUUGGGAUUUUGAAAAUAAGUGGCAGUAAUUUUUCUUUUGGGUUUCGUCUCUCUGGUAUUUAUACUGAACCCAAAACCCCAAAAGAUUUGAACUUUCAGGUAAAUUAAUUUACAUUUUUCUGAUUUUUUUUUCUUUUCUUUUUGGAGAAUUUGUUGUUAGAAUUUGUGUAAAUUGCUGCCAUUGUGUUAUGAGUUAGGAGAAAAACAGGGUUUCAGAUGCAAGGGACGAGAUGGUUAUGUGUGUUUUGCGUAAUUCAUGAUAUUUUAUGAAGUUUGGGUUGAGGUGUGAAUUUACUUGGAAAUGUAUGUAUGCAGUUUGCAUCAUUGGAAGAUGUUUAUCUAAUUCCAAGUAUCGAAUUGAUUUUGUACCAAUAUACAGUACUCAAAUGCUCUCAACAAAUACCCGCUUUCUCCCUCACUCUCAUGAUGAUUGCUGUGUAUUACCACGCCCAGAGAAGGUGAGAAUCCAGCCUUCCCAAACUUGGCCUGCCUUAUCGGCUGUGGAGUAUCAACAGGUGCACUUGAAAUUCCUUAUAAAAUUUGGAAUUGAGCCAUGGUCCUUUGAACAACAUUUGGGGCAAGCUGUUUUUAUCCCUGCUGGGUGCCCUUUUCAGGUUAAGAAUCUUCAGGAAAAAGAAAUCCAACAUUAUUCUUAUCAUUCACAUAUGUGUGCUUCUCAAGCUUUGUUCUAUACAAAUUUUAAUGCACCUGACACCCACUUCAGGAUCAUUGGCAUUGAUCAAAUAAGGAAAGGGAAAAGCAAUUGAUAAAGCAGAAAGCUUUAGAGAAAGCUAGAAAGCUUCAGGUAAUAAUCGUGAAUGUAUUUUGGGUUAUUCUUCUUUUCAUAGGCUCGAAAUGCAGUCCUUGUUUUGUGGUUGAAGUUUUCCUAAAAGGUAUUAAGAGCAGUUCCAGCCCAAGGAAAAUGGACCGGCACCAAGUGAAGAAAAUGGACCGGGACUCUGUCCAUCACCUCCAGCCCGCAAAACAGGCUGGCACCCAGCCCACGCCAGGCAGCAGCCCAGCCUAUUUCGGACAGACCCAGAAGCCGGUCCAUUUCCCUGGCGCGUGCACAACACGCGCGAGUCUUAGCGAGUAGCCGACAGGCUUUGCAGGCGGUGGGGCCUGCGAGCAGGGCAACUUGCAUUCAUCCGGCUGAGGGCUACGUGGCCCUCCUCAGAGUCGUUGGAUUUCCAA